UUUUUUACUGGUUGAUAAGUUUUUUCAAAGAAAGCGAUAUACCAUUUCCUGUGGAAAUCUUAUCACAUUUUUCUACUCUUCUAUUGUCGAGAUUUAAAAAAAAAAGACAGUCGCUAAUUUUAAAACAGUUGAAUAAAAAACGUGCUAUCGUGAACAAUCCAAAAGGUCCAAAAGAAAUGAAAUCGCUUGCCAAACCGAGUGCACAGCAAUCAAAUGUUCGGAAAAAAAUUAUAAAUCCCGACAAAUUAUUGAUUACAAAUUGGAUAAAAGUCGAAACAACAUUUGUUUGGGUAAUAAAAGAUUUUACGGACCUGAAAAAUUUUCUUGAACAGACUCCAAUUGUCAUGGAAUUUGGACAUUUUAAGGAACGUGAGAAUUCAAAUCUAAUGUGCACAUUGGAAUAUUCAAAAAACGAAUCCAAAUAUUACUAUGGGAAUAUCGAGGAACAUCGUUUAAUCGCAUCCUUGAAUAUUUUAUCCACCGAUAAUAUUGUCAAAUUAAUCAUUUGUUGCUAUAUUGUUGGACGAGACGACGAGAAACAUUUGAACACUGUACACGAAUCUGGAAUUUCUGCAAAAACCAAAAAAACUAUAACUCUCUUCGAUAUUAAUGACAAUAAUUUAGAAGGUCAACGUUACCUGCAAAAUGGCACUUUAACAUUGGCAUUUCUUAUCACUGAAUUAAAAUUUCCCACUUAAUUGAAAAAGUACUGAAAAAAUUCGAAUUUUGAAAAUGUAAAUAUCUAAAUAAAGAAAAUAAAUGUAAAUAGUGAAAAUAUAA